AUGGGUAACUCCAAUAGGAGGGAGACUAAUAAGAAGGAAGAUGAAGAGGAGGAGGAAGCUGAUUUGGAGAAGGUGUGUGAGGAGGAGCCAGGGGGCGAUGGCAGAAGGGACGAUCGGAAGGGGCGUAGCCAGGCAGUCGAAGUGAAAGGUAAGGGACUCCUGGACGAGGGCUUAGUCAACAUCUUCUUCUAUGAGAACUACUUCAGGAAUUUCUUCAACUUAAACGAGAUUAACAGGUUUGGUUUUACGGCGAAUAGCACCAAGGGGGUGUGUGAGGUCGAGGGGGAUGGGGAGGACAAAGGGACAGGUGAAGAAACUGUAAAAAUUAGGAACAAGAAAAAGAUCGAAGAAAUGACUCUCCACAAUAACAAGUACAUUGUAAGCUUUCUUGACGAUACGAUAAAAUCGAAAAUUGAGAUCGCCAACUUUAUUUCUUUCUAUUUUUUUUUUCAAAGUGUAAGGAAGAAUGGGGGGACCGACUCCGUAAGGGGGAAGGACCUCUCUGAUGUGAAUUACAUAUAUAAGAAGGUUAGCAAGUCGAAGCGGUAUAUUGCCUCCGACCAGGUGGAGACUUGCAUGAGGAAUUAUUUGUACCACAUUGAUAGGAGGAAGUUCCCCAUUUGGAAGGAGCCCUUGGGGUGUGAUACAUCAGGCGAAAAGGAUGCACACAGGGAUGUGGGAGUAAGAGGAGCAGUAUCGGUAGCGGAGGAGGUAAGACGCACAAGUGACGUGGGAGACGCAGACACCUUGGAGAAGAUCCACCCGAAGAAACGACUGAAGAGGCUCCUGAGUAAAGUGAAAAGAGGGCGAAGUGCAAAGGCGGGGGAAGGAUGCCCUAGCAAAUGGAAAAAGAACCUACCCAGAAGAGUGAAGAUAGGAGAAGACAAAGUUACGCUUCGGCGGAAGAGCACUCUGGGUAGGAAGUACGACGAAGGCUUUUGGUUGUACAGUUCGGACAGAAAUUAUCGUCGUGCGAAGAGGAGGGGGAUGGACGCUGUGCGGGGAAAGAGGAAGGAUAGGCAGGAACCUGGGGAGCAACCUCAGGAGGAAUCUGAUAAAGAACCCGAGAAGCAAUUUGCGGAGCAACCCGAAGACGAGGCGCACCUUCGUGGGAAUGUUGACUCCGCACAGUUAACUCGAGACAGACGAGUACCGGGCAAGGGUCUGGACUCCCCAAGGGAGAGCGAAAUAGGGAAGAGAAAAAGCGACAAUUCUUCCUACGCCGUGUAUAUUAAGAAGACCCUUACGAAGGUAUUCAAUAGGUACGAAAUAAAUAGGUAUGGAUUGGUGCGAAGGAAGAAAAAGGGCAGCAUGCUGUUGGGUCAUCUACUGAAGGAAAGGAAGGAGCAAAUGAAUAUCGGGAUCUCCUUCUCCCCAGCGGGGUUAUUAAUACCAUACCACCUAGGGGUGAGCAGUCUGUUAAUAGAAAAAAAUAUACUCAAUAUGCACACAAGUAUAGCGGGUUCAUCGGCAGGUAGCAUCUGUGCCUGCUGCUUGGGUAUCGGCUUGAGAGUGGACAAAUGCUUUUUUUUAAUUGAAAAUAUUAUUAGCAAUGUGUACAAAAACGGGUGUUACCAGAAGCUGCAGAAAAUGUUGGACGUGGAGCUCAACAAGUACCUUUACUCAGGGAGUUACAACUUUUUAAACCAACGAGAUGGAAGCGUCUUUGUAGGCAUCACACAGAUCCUUCCCUACUACAAGAGGCUGAAUAUAACCAAGUUCUACGACGACAGUGAUCUGAUAAACGCAGUGAUCGCCUCAUGUAAUAUUCCUAUGUACUUGUCUAACAAUAUUUUUGUGAACUUCCGAAAUAAAAAGUGCAUUGAUGGAUUGUUCAGCACGAAGAAGAAGGAAUUUGGAUGCCCCACCACGAAGACCGAUCGCAUAUUGAAGGUGUCUCCCUUCGACUCAGACUAUGUCGGCAUUGAAAACAAGAACAACAGUGUUAUCAGCCCCCACUUGGUUAAGUAUAGACACUUGAUUUUUCUCUUUCUGUGUGUGAAGAAUUUGUUUCACCGAGUUGUUGACAACGUGUGGGUGGAGAAAGACUAUGCGUUUCUGGUUCGGCGAUUGAAACGGAUCAUGGAUUUGAGGAUCUUCUCCUGGGGGGAGUUCUUGCGCGAUUACUUCUGCUCGGUUAGCGUGGGUAGGAGCGGUCUGGAUGGAAGUGGUCUGGAUGGAAGCGGUCUGGAUGGAAGCGGUCUGGAGGGGGGUCAUCCAGGCGGUUCCGACUUUCCUGGCGAAGCGGGCCCCUCCGAACUGAUGCACCGCCUGGAAGGGAAGCUCAGCCGGUUCCGCUGCACAGGUGAAAAUGCUACCGCGAAGGAACUCUUCCUCAGGGUGAACCGGGAGGCCAUCACUCAGUUUCAUCGACACAAGUGCAACUACUCCAAUUUUUACAGCUUCUCCGUGACGCUAAUAAAUGUGAUGAGCGUCUACUUCGAGGAGAACUUCUCCCCUAGCACGCGGUUGAGGGGGGUAGUGCUGGGGGGGUUGCGGCAAGAUGGGGCAGACACAGUAAGGGAGAAAGAAGGGGACAAAAGGGCAGAAAAAGGCGGAAACAGGAAAGGAGAUAAAAAGGGAGAGCAGAACGGAGAAAACAGCAUAGAGGAUGCCCAAGUGGAAAAAUUCUUCCUUCUCCUGGAAAAAGAACAAUUGCUCAGAAUGGAGCAGCACAUUCAAUUCCACCCCCAGCUGGAGAGCCAAGUCAUUUUGUUCUUCUUCAAGGAGCAUUUCGCCAACGAAAGCAUCGCACGGCUGGAAAAGAGGUUCCUAAAGAGGAGCAUCCACCAGCUGAUGGAUGCGUUGAAGGAUAUCUGUUUUGUUGAUUGUGUGGAGAGGUGUGUGCGGAGGUUAGUUCGCCACCGUCGCGACGGUGAGAAGGGACGGGGUGAUGGGAGGUUCGUUCUGUCUGGCUCAAUGGGGGAUUACCCCAGAGAGGACUUCCAACCGCGGGUAAGAGUGAUCACCCAUUAUUUGAAGCACAGCCAGAUUUACAAGAACUUCAUUUACAUACUUAACGAAAUAAAAGCGGCCAACGGAAGAGUCCUUAAGGUUAGCGAGCAUAACUACUACAGCUUCAUGUGUCUGAACGGGGAGGACCUCGGGGAUUCUUACCUCUUUUUGUACCUCUACUUGUAUGCCAAUUUGUGUCACCGGGAGAUGUUCUCCCACGGGGGGGGGAGAGGCGGUGUCAGCGGUGUUAUCGGCAGUGGGGGCUGCGUAUUUGAUAAAUCUGUCUGUCAAAAUUGCAUCCGUGGAAACUGCCUCUGUGGGGAAAUUACCUCCAAGCCGCGAGGAAAACCCCCCCCCCUCAGUGAAGCGAAGAACUGUGGUGAAGCAUCUCCCUGGCGUGACAUACUUAGAGUGGAUGGCGAGUUCGCAAAACGUAUGGUGCAGAAGAGAGACUCGGUGACGAACUCGAGCCAGGGGGCGCGAACAGUGAGCUUAACGCAAAGAUUCUCGGAGUUGUGGACCGUCAGGAAGCGGAAUGGAGAAGAAGGUGCAGAGGAGGAGAAGAACAAGAAAAAUAGGGUGAAGCACCCUGACCAGAUUAGUCAUCCGAAUCAUGCUAACCUGUUUAUGAGAGAAGAGGACGAAAUGUCAUUGGGUAGUAGUCCCAAGCACUAUGUCCGGAGGAGUCACAGCGAAUCAGACAACAAAUUGGAGGAGCAGAAAGUGGAUGAGAGUCCAGAAGGUGAGAUGUGUCAAAUGUACCAUAUGCGCGGCUCUGAGGGGGGACAACCUACAGGCGAUGUGAAUAAACAGAGAGUUAAGAGUUAUUCCUUUUUUAAGAAGAUGAAGAGUGAGGAUCUGUCUGUGGGUUCAGAACCCCAAUUGAACUGUGGCCAUAAAUGUCAAUUUGAGAAGGGCCUUCCUCCAGGGCUGAAUAAUUUGCUCCUUUUUAACCAAGGCUGUGGAGUCAUUAAAAACCUGGACGAGUUUGUGAAGACGAAUUGGAGUAAAAUAGCUUCCAUGAAUGAGCAGAGGAAAAGUGAAAUCUGCUCGCAUCUACAUGAAAUGGAUCAGCUUUACAGAGAUAUGCUCUUUUUGCAGAGAUUCGGUUUCUCUAUUAAUUUUUCCGAGCACACCAAGUAUAAGUUUUUGAGGAAGAGGAAGAAGGGCGCAGUGGAGGGAGAGGCCAGGUCCGCUGGUUUAGCAGCCGGAUUAGCAGCCGGAUCAGCAGCUGGAGUGGAGGAAACUAAAUGGGAAAGUCCCACAAAAGUAGCGUUAACAGGGCAAAUUCCGUCAACCAAGGAGCCAGUGAUGAUCCCAGGCUCCCAUAGAGCAGCAGGAGAGGGACAGCAAACAACAAUCUGCACGAGCAUUGAAGAGAUGCUCGUUUAUGGCUCCAUGGAGAUGGAGAUCUCGGGUGUUGGCAAAGUUUCUACACAGAGGAUUGAUAACAAAAUGACGGAAGGUAUGCCAAAGGGGCCUCGAAAAAGUGAAGAACACUGCACCAGGAGGAGACGAGGAUCCGAUAUCGUUUCUGGCAGAAGCUCUACCAAGCAGAUGCCGACAGAAGUGACGAUGCAUGAUGGCUCCCCAGAUAAUUUUGUUGAUGAUGUGGAGACCAAUAUAGACGAAAAAUUAUAUGAUAAUGAUAGAACCUACUUUGUUAAGAAUGUGUUUUCCAUAAGGAAGUUACUGAAGAUGGCAUUCGAAGGAGCGGACGAUAAGAUGAUUAGGAGGAUUUACGACAUGGGUCGUAGUGACACUUACCUGUGGCUCUACACCGAAUACUUAAACGUCUGCAUUUUUUGUUUUAAGAAGGUGUACCUUUUAUAUGUCAAGUUGGUUUCUCUCUUUGACUCGCUGCUCGGGAUUACCAGUUUGAGCAGGCGGAGGAGGAAGAAUGACGUUGGAGCCAUGCUUAGCUCCGUAGAGAAGUUUGUCCUUUACGUGAACGGAAAGGCGUUCAACAUGUUCGAGUUGUGCCGUCUUGUGUACGUGUGUUUCGGCGGCGGGGGAGGAGCAUCAGGUGCGACGGCAGAUACGGCGGCACGUACAGCGGCAGAUACAACAGCAGCUAAACCAGCAGCUAAAGCAGCAGAUGCAGGAGCAGGCACAGGAGAAGGGACACCCCCCUCACGGGAGGAUUCCUCCCCUAUGACCGUGGUAGAAGCAGUGGCUGAUGUGGUGGAGCCUGCGCGGGACGCUAUUCGAAGGAGCAGGUUCUCCCGCUGCGCCGUUCACAAGGAGGGGUGGGGAGAGGGGGAGAAGGUGGAAGCGAAAGGGGAAGCAAAACGGGAAGCGAUGGAGGAACGCCCAGAGGAGGACAAGGCUUCCGAUGCGUCCUUAGCUAAACGGGGGAGGCAACACAUCCCUGAAGGAACCCCCACACACCCUCUUCACACACAUGCUCUUCCCCACCAUCGCCAUUUGGAGGAUGCCCAAGCGCCGGAUGCAAAGGUAUGCAGCGGCCAUCACUUGUCUAGGAAGGGAAAACGGGGGAGUGACCGCCACAAGAGAGAAGGAAAAGGGAGAGGAAAAAGAAAAGAAAAUGAGAAAAUAAGGAACCCCAGCGGAGAAGCGAAGGAGAAUCUACCCCAUCAGAGUAGCAACACUGGAAAGGUAAUGAGGGGCUUCCUCCACCCAGGCAGAGUCUCCAAAACGAAGCAGAAGAAAGAUAUGCAAAAAGGUCCAAAGGAGAGGAGGCCAAGAAGUAUAAGUCUGCCGGUAGAUCUUCGCAAAACCGUUUUAAAGCUGCACCAUUUGAAGGGGAAGAUAAAAUUAAAUAAAAACAUCAUUGAUGGGAUUAAUAGGGAGAUACUGACUGGCACUCCAUAUGAGCACAUUUAUACGCACUCGAAUUUUUGGAUAUACUCCUCGUCCGAUGAAAGUGAUGGCAAGAAUCUUUGCGGCAACGGAUUCUACCUGAACAGCGAAGACGCCACGGGUUCGUGGUUCGAUUCUGUGUUUGACGACCUGUCGGACGAGGCCGAUGGCUUCUCCAGGAUUUCCACUUUUUUCAGGACCUUCAGGAACAUGGACGGGAAUUUGGGCCUCUCGGGCUACUUCGGCUUCUGA